GAUGCAUACCGAGAUUUUAGCGUGCAGGAAAGAGAGAGGUUUACUCCAGGAGAGAUAGAGGUUUCCUCCCGGGCCGAGAGAGAAUGCAUCCUUCGUUGGAAAAACAGUCCUUAGCUUAAGAGGUUUGAGAUUGUGUCCUUGGAUCAUCAGCCAAAGGGGGGGGGAAGAGUUUCGAUUUGUUUUCCUUGAUUAAAGAGAAAGAGAAAAUGGCGCUGAUGCUGCUAAGCCGACAUUUUGCGUGUUCAUUGCAACAGAACAGUAGGAUAUUUGCAGCUGGGCACAGAGGGAUCAGCCAAGCUGCAGCUAAAAUCGAUAUGGAGUUUGAUUAUGACGGGCCGCUCAUGAAGACAGAAGUGCCUGGCCCCAGAUCUAAGGAAUUAAUGAAACAGUUAAAUGGAAUUCAGAAUGCAGAAGCUGUUCACUUUUUCUGCAACUAUGAGGAAAGCCGGGGGAACUACCUCGUCGACGCCGAUGGGAACCGCAUGUUGGAUCUCUACUCUCAGAUUUCUUCCAUCCCAAUAGGUUACAACCAUCCUUCUUUGAUAAAACUCCUACAGCAACCCCAGAAUCUGAGUACCUUUGUCAAUAGACCUGCCCUGGGGAUUUUGCCUCCGGAAAACUUUGCUGAAAGGCUGAAGGAAUCGUUACUUUCAGUGGCUCCUAAGGGCCUAUCUCAGGUGAUAACCAUGUCUUGCGGAUCUUGCUCUAACGAAAAUGCCUUCAAAAGCAUCUUCAUGUGGUACAGGAACAAAGAAAGGGGUCACAACCGUGUUACCAAGGAAGAGCUGGAGAGUUGCAUGAUCAACCAGCCACCAGGUUGCCCAGAUUACAGCAUACUCUCCUUUAUGGGAGGAUUUCAUGGAAGAACCAUGGGUUGCUUGGCUGCCACACAUUCGAAAGCCAUCCACAAACUGGACAUCCCUUCCUUCGACUGGCCCAUUGCCCCCUUCCCAAGACUCAAGUACCCUCUGGAGGAGUUUGUGAAAGAAAACCUAGAGGAAGAGGCCCGCUGUCUCGAGGAGGUGGAAGAUCUGAUUGUAAAAUACAGGAAAAAGAAGAAAGUCGUUGCAGGAAUCAUUGUUGAGCCAAUCCAGUCAGAAGGUGGAGACAACCACGCUUCAGACGACUUCUUCAGAAAACUGAGAGACAUCACUCGGAAGCAUGGAUGCGGUUUCUUGGUGGAUGAGGUGCAGACCGGAGGCGGUUGUACUGGCAAGUUCUGGGCCCAUGAGCACUGGGGCCUGGAUGACCCGGCGGACGUGGUGAGCUUCAGCAAGAAGAUGAUGACUGGAGGCUUUUUCCACAAGGAGGAAUUCCGGGCCAACGCUCCGUACCGGAUUUUCAACACGUGGCUCGGGGACCCCUCCAAGAACCUCCUGCUGGCCGAAGUCAUUAAUGUUAUUAAAAGAGAGGACCUCCUAAGCAAUGCUACCCAUGCUGGGAAGGCCCUGUUGACAGGACUGGUGGACUUGCAGGGUCGCUACCCACAUUUGAUCAGCAGGGCACGAGGCCGAGGAACGUUCUGUUCAUUUGACACUCCAAACGAAGCCAUUAGGAACAAGCUCAUCGCAUUAGCCAGAAACAAAGGUGUUGUGUUGGGAGGCAGUGGCGACAGAUCAAUCCGUUUCCGGGCGACCCUGGUUUUCCGAGACCACCAUGCACACCUCUUCCUGAACAUCUUCAGUGAUAUUUUGGCCGACUUCAAGUAGCCAACGCCUGACCUUGCACUGACAGAGCCCAAACCCUAAGAGUCUGAGAUUAGUUUAUUUAAAAUCAUAAAUAUAUAUAUAUUCUCACUAACAGGACAGACUGAAUUCAUAGAGUUGGGGGGGGGAGAGUUAUUUUUAAAUGUUUGUUUUUUCCCCUGCUUAUCACCAAUUCAAGCUGCUUCAGCCUAGAACUCUGGACACCCUCGGUGCUUUGGGGAUUCCUCAGAAGUGCUUCCUGUUCCAGAUCAGGGGGCUGUAGGGAUGGGGACCAGAGCUGUUCAUCGCCUCUCAUUCGAUGCAUGCUACAUUUUGGGCACAAGCUCUGAUGGAGAAUUUGAGUGUCUCAGAACUGCCAAAAAAACCUCCCUCCUUUAAAACAAAAUCAUUCUUAUUUUUUUAAGCCUUUCAGGUUCUGGUGACACAAAAUGUUGAGCCGGAAGUCCAGGUGCAUACCCAUGUACUGGGCUCCUUGGAGGAAGAGCAGGAUAGAAAUGCAACAAUCAAAUAAAAGAUAACUACCAAUGCACACUUCAGAGGAGGAGCCAGCUGUUCAUGCACACCCGCAGAGGCAGCAGAUCCACACGCCCACUGUCUGCUACACAUGAGCAUAAAGGUGAAGUUGGGCUGCCGAGUCAGUGUCGACUCCUGGCACCCACAGAGCCCUGUGGUUUUCUUUUGGUGGAAUACAGGAGGGAUUGACCAUUGCCUCCUCCCGCGCAGUAUGAGAGGAUGCCUUUCAGCAUCUUCCUAGAUCCCUGCUGCCCGAUAUCUGUGUUUCCCAUAGUCUGGGAAACAGACCAGCGGGGAUUCGAACCGGCAAUCUCUGGCUUGCUAGUCAAGUCAUUUCCCUGCUGUGCCAUUAGGUGGCUGUGUGUACAGCCCAUUUAAGUGGCCACUCUUUUGCCCUUUACUAGAGCUCCCAGUUGCUUUUUCCCUGUCCAGGCCACACCUAGCCUCAGAAGCUUAACCAGUAUAAAUGUCUGCAUAUGGUUUAGUAAGCUGAUGCAGCCGUGCUUAUCUCUGACUUGAGAGUUCCAGGGUAGAAAUGAAGGAAACAGUCCUUGGCACCCAGCGGGCUUAAUGUUUCCGAGAGAGGGUUAAGGAUUUCAAAGACUUCGGAGUAUCCUCAGCUCCAAGGUCUCAGGCCUCUCCACUAUCCUUUGAAUUCCCAGUUUCGUUUUGUUUUUAGACUCUCAUAGGAAGCUGCCAUAUACUGAGUCAGACCCUUGGUCUAUCUAGCUCAGUAUUGUCUUCACAGACUGGCAGCGGCUUCUCCAAGCUUGCAGGCUGGAAUCUCUCUCAGCCCUAUCUUGGAGAUGCUGCCAGGGAGGGAACUUGGGACCUAGAUGCUCUUCCCAGAUGGUUCCCAGAUGCUUCUUCCUAGAUGCUCUUCCCAGAUUCCCCUCCUUCCCCGGAGGGGAAUCUCUCCCAGUGCUCACAAUUCUGGUCUCCCAUUCAUAUGCAACCAGGGUGUACCUUACUUAGCUAAGGGGACAAGUCAUGCUUGCUACCACAAGACCAGCUCUCACUUUGCUCCACGUACGAUGUGCAAACUGAGCUUUCUUAGGCCGAGUUUCAGAAUGGCAUAGAUGAUCCUGAUUUUUGCACAAUAAGGGAGGAGAGGUGGUCUUGUGGCAGCAAACAGGAAUUGUCCUCUUUGCUAAGCAAGGCCUGCCCUGGUCUGCAGUUGAAUGGGAGACCACAUGUGUGAGCACUGUUAAGAUAUUCCCCCUAAGGGGAUGGAGCUGCUUUGGGAAGAGCAUCUGCCUGCUUGCAUGCAGAAGGUUCAGCAUUCCCUCCCUGGCAACAUCUCCAGAUAGGGCGGAGAGAGAUUCCUGCCUGCCACCUUGGAGAAGCUGCUGCCAGUCUGGGUAGACAAUACUGAGAUGGAUGGACCAAUGGUCUGACUCAGUAUGUGGAAGCUUCCUACAUGCUGAAUAUACAACGUACAGCCCUGCUCAGCAUGCAUCCUAGGUGCAGAAAGAUGCCCAGCUUCUCUCUCGUCAGAACGAACGAGCCCACACAUGCAUCCCCCCCCCUUUUGUUCAGCUGCCCUGCGUGGUUGGGGGUGUGUGUUGGGGGUGUCUCCAGCUGCACAGGUCCGCCCCCAUCUCCUACUGCCCAGGGUGAAGCUUGCACAGCUGGUCCCGAGCUGCCGAUCUCCGUGCGUCCAGAGGUGUGGGAGAAGCAGUUGAGUUGGCGAGUGUGUGUCUGAAGUUUUUUGAAAAAGGUUGUCUGCUAAGCAGAAGGUAUUGUCUUUCGUAGGGACAGGGACGAGAAACAGACCGUUUCAGGGAGACUCACCCCUGGGCAUUGUCGUUUCCUAACAUGGCUUCUUGAGCACGUCACGCUGAUUUGAGACACGGGUAUACCACCCCGGAGGCUACGUGGUGGGGUGCAGAGGCAUCCCCCCAGUGGAGUGGUCUGCCCCCACCUCACUCUCCCUCCCCGAAAAGGGGGCUUUCCCUUCUGCAUCAUUUCUGGAUCUGCCUCCCACUGCCUUCCGUUCCACACGACCGUCGCCUGGUUCAGACAUUAUGCUGGGCGAGUGUACAGAUCUCUGUACACGUGUGUACCUGUGCUCAUUUUAAAAAUGAACCUGGACACGGGCCCUUUCACAUGCACGGUACAGAUGGGAAGCAUAUUUCUGCACCCGCGUUCAACAUAACAUGUGAAUGACUCUACCUGUGUACACUGUACACUCGUUGUACAAGUGUUGAAAAUAAUGUGUGCAUGGGCCUAUUGUCUGGAGGAAGAUGGAGGUAGCAACCUCCAGAAGGCAGACGUUUAGCCUGGAGGCUACGAUUUACUUCCCUCCUUUAGGACCAAGGCUGGCAAACACCCCUGAAAGGGAUAGCCACAGUAGCCUCUUGCUUCCUUCUUGUAGCCAAAUCUUCCCUUCCAACACCCUUCAGUCGAGCAUUCCAGAGAUCACACCCUCCAGAGAGCUGGGAUGUAGUCCACGUUAUCCCUAUCGUGGUCCACACAAAAUGACUCUUGUCAAGGGCCAGUGCUGUGAUUCCGCCAGAGACAGAAAACAACUCUAGUGAGUGCAGAAUGCCGUUUUCCUGCGGCUCUCUGCUUCCGUUUAGAAAAACACACACCAAAGCAGCAAGCAAACUUGCCAUUCGUGGCUAAGACAAUGAGACUGGAAGUGAGUGAAAAACAGCCAGGGACCCGAUAAAAGGCACAGGAGGCACUGCAAGAUUUUUGAGUGCAGAAUGGGUGAUGCAAAAUAGGAGGCACUUGCAUAAUUUUUGCCAGUGGGUGGGAGAAACCAUCAACUGAUUGCCAGGAAAUGCAGGACUGACAAACGGAAGUACUGCUUCACACGCUGCAUAGCGACUCCUUGGCAUUCUCUGCCAUGGGAUGUGGUGAUGGCAGGAGAGACCCCUGUUUCCUUGGAGAAGCUGCUGCCAGUCUGGGUAGACAAUACUGAGCUCGAAGGCCUAAUGGUCUGACUCAGUAGAAGGCAGCUUCCUAUGUUCCUAAUUCUAGUCUUCUUGAUGAUGUGUAGGAACUAGUCAGAAGCUAAUUCCCCUUCUCCCACCCGCCCCAUCCUUCAGUGCUUCAAAAAACGGUUGGGGUCUCUCUCUCUUUCUAACACAUUCACUCAAUAUUUCCUGGCAAGCACCUGCAUGUCAGCAGCGUCUCAUUUCUGCCAUGUUUUUAGCAGACCGAUACGUCAGGGAAACUCGGUUCGUUCAACAUAUCGGUGCACCGGGUGUCACAGACAUCUCUUGAGAACCUUGUGCUCCUAACAGAUCCAAGAUCCGCCAACCGAAACGUUUUUUGCCACCCUUGGUUUGUAAGUUACUUCUCCGCAUGUCUUUUCUUCUGAAACUAACUUUUACGGAACACUCUUAACUGUGAACUUGUGGGUACAAAGAAAUAGUGGCCAGACCACCGUUGAUGCUUUACCCGGGGAAGCACUAAGGUAUACUUCCGACACCUUUUAAAAGUAAUAAAACCUUGUUUACAGCCUCUGUGUCGACGGUGCCAAACUCACGUGUAAACCAAGACUGAACUGCACUUCACAAUGUAACCAGUAGCCAUGCCACACGGACCCAUGACAUCUGUUUCCUGUGUUAAUCAGUAUUCUUAAAAUAAAAUAUUUAUAAUUGCG